UCUAUAAAUCCAGCUCCCAUCACACAUAUCUUGACUUCUCCCAUGACGCAUUCGCUAAUUUGACCAAUUUAUAUUUUCUUUUGACAAUUUUCUCUGCAGUCUCUUCACCUUUUUGCUAAUGAUAUUGUGUGUUUGGAGAGAAAGAGAACAAGCAUAGUUGAGGUUGAUUGUGUUGUUCAACAUUAGAACAAGAAGAAGACAAAAUGGAAGGAGGAGGAGUAGAAGUUGAUGUCUCUGCUUUCAGAGAAUGCUUGUCUCUGUCAUGGAAAAAUCCUUACGUUCUUCGCCUUGCUUUUUCUGCUGGAAUUGGUGGCCUUCUCUUUGGCUAUGACACUGGAGUGAUUUCUGGGGCUCUUUUAUAUAUCAGAGAUGAUUUCAAAGAAGUGGAUAGCAAGACUUGGCUUCAGGAAGCCAUAGUGAGCAUGGCUCUUGCUGGAGCAAUCAUAGGAGCUGCAGUUGGUGGAUGGAUCAACGAUCGAUUUGGAAGGAGAAAAGCUAUCCUUCUUGCAGACACACUCUUCUUUAUUGGUUCUGCUGUCAUGGCUGCCGCUACCAAUCCAUCUAUUCUCAUUGUUGGUCGAGUUUUCGUUGGCCUUGGUGUUGGAAUGGCUUCAAUGGCAUCCCCCUUAUACAUCUCUGAAGCUUCUCCAACCAGAGUUCGAGGAGCUUUAGUUAGUCUCAAUGGCUUUCUCAUUACUGGAGGACAAUUCCUCUCCUACCUCAUCAACUUGGCCUUCACAAAAGCACCAGGAACAUGGAGAUGGAUGCUAGGAGUAGCAGCAGUACCAGCCCUGAUACAAAUCGUAUUAAUGAUGAUGCUGCCAGAAUCACCGCGUUGGCUGUUCCGAAAGGGAAGAGAAGAAGAGGGUAAAGCAAUUUUAAGGAAGAUUUAUCCACCCCAAGAAGUUGAAGCAGAAAUUAAUACUUUGAAGGAAUCAGUUGAAAUAGAAAUCAAGGAAGCAGAGGCCUCAGAUAAGGUCAGCAUAGUCAAAAUGCUGAAAACUAAAACUGUGAGAAGAGGUUUGUAUGCAGGAAUGGGCCUUCAAAUUUUCCAGCAGUUUGUGGGGAUCAACACUGUGAUGUACUACAGCCCCACCAUAGUUCAGUUAGCUGGUUUUGCAUCAAAUAGAACAGCACUUCUUCUGUCACUAAUCACAUCUGGUCUUAAUGCAUUUGGUUCUAUUUUGAGUAUAUACUUCAUAGACAGAACAGGAAGGAAAAAGCUUGUGUUGUUCAGUUUGUGUGGUGUUGUGUUUUCCCUUGUUGUUCUAACAGUUGUGUUCCAUCAGAGUACAACACACUCCCCAAUGGUUAGUGCACUUGAAACCUCUCACUUCAAUAACACUUGCCCGGAUUACCAUUCAGCUGUGAACCCAGGUGGAUGGGAUUGCAUGAAGUGCCUAAAGGCUUCUCCAGAGUGUGGCUUUUGUGCUUCUGGAGCCAAUAAGCUCUUACCUGGGGCAUGUUUGAUCUCCAGUGACACCACAAAAGAUCAGUGCCAUAAAGAAGAUAGACUAUGGUACACCAGGGGAUGUCCUAGUAAAUUUGGAUGGCUUGCAAUAGUAGGCCUUGCACUCUACAUCAUAUUCUUCUCACCUGGGAUGGGAACUGUGCCAUGGGUUGUCAAUUCUGAAAUUUAUCCCUUAAGGUAUCGAGGAAUAUGUGGAGGAAUGGCAUCUACAUCCAAUUGGGUCUCAAAUCUUAUUGUUGCUCAGUCCUUCCUAUCCUUGACACAAGCUAUUGGGACCUCAUGGACAUUUAUGAUAUUUAUAUUCAUCACCAUAGCUGCUAUUAUCUUUGUUAUUAUUUUCGUGCCAGAAACCAAAGGACUUCCAAUGGAAGAAGUGGAGAAGAUGUUGGAAGGAAGAGAUCUCAAUUUCAAGUUUUGGCAGAGAAGUUCUCGCCAUGCAGAAGAAGUAGCCACACAGAAGACUCAAUCAACUUAAGUCUGUUGUGUUGUAUCAUUUGUAAUAUUGGAGUGUAACUAGGGAAGUAUAUAUAGGUGCGGACAAAGGUAAUAAAAUCGCAGAAUGUAGCUAUUAGAUCAUAAGUAUAUAUAUAUAUAUAUAUAUAUAUACCUUGUUUGUGUGAAUGAUACAAAUUGUUAUUUGGGACUCUUUUGAAGGACCAAAGAAUUUUCUUUUAUGAAA